AUGGCGGCGGAUCACACCGAGGCCCUCCGUUGCGUGUGUCGUGUACGUGUGCCUGCGUGCGUGAGAUGUGCCGGGCGAGUCACCCGGCCGGUUUGUAUACAUCGACUUGGUAAACAAAGUAAUCCGCGAAAAAGAAGCGAACAAAAACGAGAAGUCGAGCGUGUUUAUUAUUCGAAGGAGAGAAAUUCAGUCACGCGGAGGUUAGGCGGCACACGACAUGUAAAUUGUACCGGUCGCUUAAGCUUUAGUUAUGAAUUUCUUCGCGCGAACUCGACCUUAUCAAUCAUAGAAUCCUUCUUUUCUCGUCGUGAAAUUAUGAGAGUAAUAUCAUAAUACUUGGACGCGAUCAUGUAUCUCCUUCUCCCACGUGAACUUGUGGAAAGUGAGCGUCUUUAGACAUUUUCAAGUUAGAUUCUUCGUUUUCAACGAGUUUACGCUAGGCGAUAAGAUCCUUGGUCGAUCUUCUGAUCGCGAGGAAAUUGAAGGAAAACCGGAAGACGCACCGGAGAAAAAAUAUGUAUAUUUCUGUAUGUGAUUUCUGUAAGUCUAUUCUGUAACUUUUAGUCCAAAUCUAAUGUGUUUUUAGCUUUCUGUUUUUUUUCUUUACUUUUUUCUGACUUAAAACUAAAGCUUUCAACUAGGAAAAGAUAGAAAUCAAGAAACAGGAAGCAAAGAGCACAUUGUAAAUUAAGCUUCAACGACAGUGUCAUUAUCGUUACGUUGUCGUUGCGCAGAUACAUGAUAGAAAAGCUGCGCAACGACACAUCACGCUGAUGAUAUUAUCGUUAAUUAAGAAGUUACAGGAUAGAUCUACUGGGAAACGUUCGUUCCCGCGGUGAGACUCUUCUAUUCUCACGGAGUCAAUAUGGCGAGAUCCAAGGAAGCGAUUGUCGCGGCGUUUCACGGACGAUUUGGCGCGAAACGAUAGAGAAUGUAAGUUUUGGCAAUUCAUAACAUACCUCAUGUUAUUAUAAUGAAUUUCUCAGCGCGGUUGCUCAUUCUGCUCGUCUAUAUUUACACGUCUGUACUGAGUGCAGCUUCAGCAAGAGAGAAGUCGCAAGCUCUUGGAGAAAUGUCAACAUCCUCCGUUGAGAACACACGGCGCGUGACUGAUGUCGAAAAUAUCGAACAAGUAUCAGAACUGUAUAGAUCCGAGGCGUACUCGUCCUCGCACGCGUUAUAUUACUCGCCCGCUGGCCGAUCGCUUCCUCAGAUCGAUCGAUCUUAUCAUGGCAGACGUCUACGACGACGUCGACGAUGGAAGCUCGCUAAUUGCUUUCGGCGUACACCAUCCGACGUUCCUUCGUCGAGAGAUGCACCACCCACAUACUCCUCGAUGUAUGUCGAUCUAAUAUCACACUCGGCCAGAUGCUCGUCCAUCUUCCCGAUUAACAAUCGAUCGCCCGCCACGGCACGAAUUCCGCCGCCCUCUUACGCUCAAACUCAAGGGAUUCACCUUGCAGCAUCCACGAACCAUACUCAAGGGAUUCACCUUGCAGCAUCCAUGGAACCGUUCAUCACUUUAUCCCCGAGGAGCUCCUGGCCGAGAGUGCCCACGGCUACGAUAUGCCCUCGAUGCGCCGCGUUCGUCAUCACCGCCGUGGUAGUACGUCGAUCCACGUACAGUCACCUCACCGCCUUGACGCUCUUUCUGCUCGGGUGUUGGCCGUGUUGCAUGAUACCGUACUGCAUCGACUCCUGCAACAGCAUGGACCAUUACUGCCCGCUCUGCCACGCGCAUCUCGGGACUCACGCGCCGUGAUGACGAUUGUUAUCGCGUGGAGCAAUUUGGAGAGGCGACGGUUCCGCGCAACGGGUUACUUUAUAGAGCGAACGCGGAAACUGAGGCCCGUAUUUCAGCAUCUUGUUCAACAGCGGCGAUUACAAUCGCGCCGUUUCAGCGCCGAGAAAGCGGAGCGUCCAUUUCGACUCAAGAGACAAGCACAAUGUUAUUUGGAGGCGUCAAUUAAAUUUCUCAACU